AUGCCUCCAAAGAGAGCGCGAAGGGGCUCGCCCGCCGCUGAACGUCGCGAGCGCUUGACCUUGGCUAAGCUGGCCAGCUAUGACGAUGUCGCAACGGAUGCGCUAGUGGAUCACGCUUAUUUCUGGACCACCACCCGCAAGAACCGCACCAAAUACAGCCCUGCCCGCGGAAUCCACGAUGACGAUAUUGGGCGCAUUCUUCUCCACAAUGUCAUUGUUGACAAGGACAUCCCGACGGCCGAACGCAAGUUGUUGGAAAUCUCAGGCUUAAAGAAAUACGUGGCAAACCUCCGUAGCCCUCGAGAGAAGGAGUGGUUCCGCCGACACCUCCGCAAGUAUAUUCAGAUGUAUCUUCCAGACUGUCCGUUUGAGGUCACUACGACCAACCGAUACAUUAUCACGCAACAUGAAGCAGCGAUCUGCGCUCGCAGGUUUAUUAAAAAGGGCGAGGAGAUCAAACACCUGAGCGGAACGCUUGUGUCUAUGACCCAUGAAGAAGAGUUGGAUCUCAGCUUGACCCGCAAAGACUUCAGCAUCGUGAUGUCGAGUCGCCGUAAAGCUCCGUCGUUCUUUUUGGGUCCUGCUCGUUUUGCCAAUCAUGACUGUGAUGCCAACGGCAGCUUGACAACCAGGGGCAAUGAGGGCAUGUCUGUCGUAGCCAUGCGCGACAUCCACGAGGGAGAAGAGAUCACAGUUUCCUACGGAGAGGAUUACUUUGGCGUUGACAACUGCGAGUGCCUAUGUCAUACUUGCGAAAUUGCUGUACGGAAUGGCUGGUCUUCACAUGUUGACACAGAGACAAACAGCAAAGAGGCCAGCCCCGUGUCUGAAGAUACACCGAGUGAAGACAGCAAUGCGAGCAGGAAGCGUGGACGCAGCUCGGAUGUGGAGGAAUCCGACAGCUCCUCUACCUUGGCUUCUUCCACCCCGCGCAAACGUGCAAAAUUCCAACGACAAGUUUCCAAGUUGCGAGAAGGGAUCUCAGUUUCCGAACUUACUGCGGAACCAACGCCCGGAUCAGAUGACACCCCUAUCCCGGACACUGUACUGAUUCCAGCUACUCUUCUGACGGAAGCUGUAGCCCAGGUGUCCGAGCCGAAGAAAGAGAUCAUAGAGCGAACCGCAGUUACAUCGCCAACUAAUUCACAACCCUUCAUUUCAGUUGUCACAGGGGAACCAAGCGUGGCUGCCCAAGCCGAUCGAAACGGGACAAAUAGCACUAAUUCUACUAUCCCCACGGACUGCGAAUCUCCAAACUCCACAGCCGAUCAACCUCACCGCUCGUCGACGUCAGCUACAACUGAGGACGACAUGGGAACCAAGAUCAAGACAGAAGAAACUAUAUUGGAACCGUCUGAGUCGAAAGCGCUCAACAGUGAGGAUCAUCCCGAUGUCUCUCCUGAAGGUCAGCCCGUCACCACCCACUCCAUGGACAUUGACCCCGAAGAAGGAUUGUCAGACUUAUCAAAUUCCACCAAAUUAGAUGACGCCCACGGCGCCAUUGUGUUAAAGCCUAAAAAGCGAAAGCCUCGCACCAAGCGGCGAUUCAUCAUGGACUCCGUCGAGACCGAGUCACAGGUUGCUCGAGUCCCUGGAGACUAUACCAAGACAUCACGAUUGCUUGCCCAGAAGUACGACCGCUGGGUGGAGUGCCAGACCUGUGAUACAUGGUUCCUCCAGUCAAACUCAUACCUCACGCGACGUGAAUGUCCGCGCUGCGAACGUCAUUCCAAGCUCUACGGAUACCAGUGGCCAUCAACGGACAAAAGCCCGGAUGGUGAGGAUCGAGUAAUGGAUCACCGCACUGUCCAUCGUUUUUUGUCCCCCGACGCACAAUCACGUAUCUGUCGCCGAGACCGCGGCGUGAGUUUUGGGAUUACCCCCACCCCCGAGCUGUCUGACACAAACACCCCAGAAAGGGAAAUUAGUGAUUCAACUGAGUCUCACCGCGAUGCUCGGGCAAGUCGGCGUCGUACUAGAGAACUUCGUAUGGCGUUUUAA